CUCGAACAUUCCACACACGCACAUCGACACCAGCGCCGCCAAGCUCCAAGUCACAACAACUCUUUAGUCUUGGCUCCAUCGCUUCACGAUGUCGAAGAGAGGAAGAGGAGGAUCCGCGGGAGCGAAGUUUCGCAUCUCCCUGGCCCUGCCAGUCGGCGCCGUCAUCAAUUGCGCCGACAACACAGGAGCCAAGAACCUGUACGUCAUUGCGGUUCAGGGUGUGAAGGGUAGGCUCAACAGACUUCCCUCAGCAGCUGUCGGAGACAUGAUUGUUGCUACAGUGAAGAAGGGAAAGCCUGAGCUCAGGAAAAAGGUAAUGCCUGCAGUUGUCAUCAGACAACGGAAACCGUUUAGGAGGAAGGAUGGAUCGUUUAUCUAUUUUGAAGACAAUGCAGGAGUGAUAGUAAACAACAAGGGAGAAAUGAAGGGUUCGGCGAUUACUGGACCCGUAGCUAAAGAGUGCGCCGACCUCUGGCCGAGGAUCGCAUCAAACGCCAACUCUAUUGCUUAACCUAUUGUAUCGCUCCUCUUUAAUUAAACUUCAAAAACAAAA